CGUGGCCAGUCCUGCUGCAGGAGCCGCGCCUCCGGACGGCGCCCAGUGGUGCCAGCGGCCGGAGGGAAGGCACCACCCACAGCCGCGCUGGGGCGGGUGCAGAUUUUCUGGUGGCGCAUUGCAGAUGCAAAAACAAACCAGGGGCAAAUAAAUAAGACGAUUACAGCUUGGGACAGCCAUGUCCAGCCGGAAGUACAAGGACAGACCGGACGACCAGCCUGGUGUCCGUGGAGACCCGUACUGCCAGCCAGGACCCAGCCAUCGGAGCCACGAGGCACCCAUGUACCCGUCAACUAGCUCCCACCAGUCUCCGCUGGCGCGCCCUAAGACGCAGCCCCCAUCACCCCCAGGACCCUCUCGGCGGCCGCCUCCUCCACCAGCACGUCCCGGCUCAGCCCCAUGGAACGGCUCGAGAAACGGAGGUGUCCGGGACAACACCAACCGCAGCUUCAACGAGAAGCCGCCCUUCCCAAACAGGGGACCGAAGGCCAGCACGGGCCCCAGGCCGGCACCGCUGCACUACUGCGAAGUCUGCAAGAUCAGCUGCGGGGGGCUCCAGACCUACCGGGACCACCUGGAAGGACAGAGGCACCGGAAGAAGGAGGCGGCCCAGAGGGCGGGCGCCCAGUCCAGCGGCGCUGUGCAGGGCCAGCUGCACUGUGACCUGUGCUCUGUGUCCUGCACCGGGGCGGACGCCUACGCCGCCCACAUCCGGGGAGCUAAGCACAAGAAGGUCUACAAGCUGCACACCAGGCUGGGGAAGCCGAUUCCCACCAUUGAGCCCGUGCCAAGGAACUCCACCUCCACCCGUGAACUGGGCGCCCCUGGUGAAGCCCACUCCAGCGGGCUCAAUCCCAGCAGGCCAGCCAGGGGCCAGGCACCCCGGCACAACGGAUCUUCUGAAUCGCACUCCCAGGCGGGGAGACCUAACGUGGAGAGACCCAAUGCGGAGAGACCCAAUGCGGAGAGACCCAAUGCAGGUCGAGGGGGCCAUGCCGAGCCUGCCCCGAGGGACUGCUGGGAGGCAGAGCCAGUGGGCACCGACUUCGUGGAGGAGGUGUGCAAUGAUGAAGGGAAGUUGAUUCGCUUCCGCUGCAAGCUGUGCGAAUGCAACUUCAACGAUCUCAAUGCCAAGGACAUGCAUGUGACCGGGCGGCGCCACCGGCUGCAGUACAGGAGGAAAGUGGACCCCAGCCUUCCCAUCGCCUCGGGGCCCAACGUCCGCCUGCAGAAGGCGCUGGCCGAGCAGCUGCACCGGCAGAGGCAGGUGACCCAGAAGAAGCUGGAGGACAUGCGACAGCGCUGGCGCAUGGACCUGAGGGAUCAUGAAGAGCGCUGCAAGCGGGCGGAGGAGCCGCAGCCCCCGGAGCAGGAGCUGCCCGCCGCGGCACCGUCCUGGGCCCCGGGGCCCAGUACCAGCAGCCAGGCCACGCCCUCAGCCCCACGUCAGCCCAAGCGCCGGCCGGAGUCCAGUGAUGACCGCCACGUCAUGGGCAAGCACGCCACUAUCUACCCCACGGAGGAGGAACUGGAAGCCAUCCAGAAGACCGUGUCCCACGUGGAACGGGCCCUCCGCAUGGUGUCUGACAUGCUAGCUGAGGAGGAGCAGGAGAGGGCAGAGGAGGAGGGCUAUGAACACAGCGGCCCUCGGGCCCUGAAAGGCGUCAUGCGUGUCGGCAUCCUGGCGAAAGGCCUCGUCCUUCGGGGGGACCGGAGCGUGAAGCUGGCCCUUCUCUGCUCCCAGAAGCCCACGCGUGCCCUGGUGCAGGAGAUCGCAGAGAGGCUGCCUGAGCAGCUCCUGAUUUUGGCCGAGGACAAGUACGAGAUUUCCUCUGACCCGGAAGACAAUGUGGUCAUCUCCUCCUGCGAGGAGCCCAGGAUACAAGUCACCGUGUCCAUCACUUCGACCCUGAUGCGUGAAGACCCUUCUGCCAACCAAGAAGGAGUGGAGGAUCCUCAGGAUGAGCCGGACGACAUCCUGAGUCAGGAGAGAUGCCUGGAGUCUCUGGCUGCCCUCCGCCACGCCAAGUGGUUCCAGGCCAGAGCCAGCGGCCUGCAGCCCUGUGUCAUCGUCAUCCGCGUCCUGCGGGACCUGUGCCGGCGCUUGCCCACCUGGGCAGCCCUGCCAGCCUGGGCCAUGGAACUGCUGGUGGAGAAGGCCCUGAGCAGCGCCGCCAAGCCCCUGAGCCCUGGGGACGCCGUGCGGCGGGUCCUGGAAUGUGUGGCCACAGGCACGCUCCUGCCAGGUGGGCCGGGGAUCCAGGACCCCUGUGAGAAAGACCAGACGGACGCCCUGGAGUCCAUGACUCCCCAGCAGCGGGAAGAUGUGACGGCCAGUGCCCAGCACGCCCUGCGCAUGGUGGCAUUCCGGCAGAUCCACAAGGUGCUGGGCAUGGACCGCCUGCCAGCCCGAAGCCGGCUGGGGGCACGCGGGCGGAAGAGGCCAAGAGAGGCGGUGCAGGCCCCGGGCGUCUCCGGUGAGAGGAAGCGGGGCCGGAAGGGGGGCGAGGGGCCUGUGUGAGCCCCGCCCGCCCUCGGCGGCUUUGGCGCGUCUCCACCCAGGCAGCCGGGCACACGGGUGUGCCCGCCACCUGCCUCCGCCCCCCACCCCCCACCCCGGCAUCAAGUGGUGGCAUUGUCCUUCCAGUCGUGUUCUGUAGAUUCUUGUCACACAUUGUGCUUCACUUGCUAGAGAAGUCACGGCCCCCUCUCCCCCCCAGUACAAGGAACCACCCUUGGCCCUGUCCCCCCACCCCGCCAGGCAGCCCCCAACCUGCUACUUCCGCUGGCUUUCAACCCGCCCCGUGGUGUUCUGUGCAGUGUGUGGCCUCCCCCGUCCCCCCAGUUCUGCCUGCCCCUCAGACGAGACCCACAAGCCUGUCCUGAGCCCAGGGGCGUGGACGCAGGCCCUGGAGAGCAGAGAAGGGGCCUGGGGAGAGGUCCCCCAGGCCAGCGGCACGUGGGGACGCCAGCACGAGAGCACCCCGGGCAGGACACCCCUCACCCUCAGCCACUACCCCCCAAAAGUAAUGCUGGCUGUUCCCACCCCCAGUGCUGUGAUCCCCCACAGUGGAACCCCAGCCCGAGACCCCCUCCCCCCUUCCCCCCCACACACCUGAGUGCCUUCCGCAGAGAGGGCCACUCGGUGGUGGUGAGCUGUGCCGGGCUGGGGCAAGUGCACCCCACGUUCCCCCUCGCAGAAGCAGGGCCUGGCCCCCACCCCACCCGCCCCCCACCCCUCUUCUUCCUUCACAAUGACAUGGGAGAGAAGAGGCUUGGACCUCCAGCCCCCCAUGAGCAUUGACGCUGCUGACUCCAUUGCUCUGGACACAGGCUGGCUUUGCGUGUGGUGUUGCAUCUGGUCAUCUGUGUAAAGCCACCAGACAUGAAGGAAACACGGGGAAUAAAGGAGAGGCGCUUGUG